AUGCAAUUUUAUGUUUAUGCUUUUCAGAUAGGCUGCACUGGUUAUUGCUUUGGUGGACUGAACUGCUUGGAUCUGGCCCGAUUCAAUGUGGGACUACAAGCAGCAGUCUCAUUUCAUGGAACAUUGACUAAUUAUCCAGGCAACAAUACAGAACGGGAAGCGGAUUGGCAUUUCACAUAUUAUGCUGAUGCUCAACACGCGUUCACUGUACCCGGUCGGUCAUCUACAACUAAAAUAACAAAAUUGUUUUUUGAAAUUUUUGAAGGAAAAUCUUUAGGAGUAGCGAACUGGGGUAUACCCGGUGCUGCAUAUAAUGAAAAAGCCGAUAAACGAUCUCAUAGAGCUAUGGAAGGAUUUCUCGCAGAGAAACUUCUGUGA